GGUCUGCAGGUUGUCAGGUUGUCAGGUGACAGAGGAUGGCUGCUCUUUCCUGGCCUCUGCUCUAAAAUCCAACAUGGCCUCCCACCUAAAACAGCUGGAUCUGAGUUACAACCACCCAGGAGACAAUGUGGAGAUGAUGUUCUCUGCUGUAGCUCCACAUCUGAAGCUGUGUUUGGACCAUUGUGGAGAGCAUCGGUUAAAACCAGGACUGAAGAAGUAUGGUGCAGAUCUGAAGCUCAAUGCGAAUACUGCGAGCAGAAGGCUUGUUCUGGCUGAAGGCAACAGAGAAGUGAAAACCACAAAGAUGGUGAAUGCGACAGCUGCACAAACCCACAGCGAGGACAGGUUUAAGAGGUCUCAGGUGUUUUGUGAUGAGGCUCAGACGGGGCUCUGUUACUGGGAGGUGGAAUGGAAAGGGACCGUCGGCAUUGCAGUGGCUUAUAACACAGUGGGUAGGAAGUGGGACAGCAGCAGUGGCUUAGGAUCCAACGACAUGUCCUGGAGUCUGCUCUGCUCCACGACUGUCCAUGGCAACACAUACACUGCUCUGCACGGGACGAUGUCAACACCCAUUAAAGAACCCCAUUGCCAAAAAAUAGCAGUAAUGCUGGAUUGGGAAGGUGGAACUCUGAGUUACUACAGCGUUUCAUCAGGAAAGCUGAGCCUCAUACACACCUUCGAAGCAAAAUUCACAGAGCCACUCCUCCCAGGUUUCUGGUUCAAAAAGGGCUCUGUGACCUUGUGUGACAUAGAAUAAGAUGCUCCUCUGGAUAUUUUGCUAUUUAUUUAGAAAAGCAUAUCUGCAGUGAUAACAUUACUAUAAAAUGCUUUUUUAACUUUCAUGCUCACACUGUAAAUCCAUCUUGACACUAGAAAGAAAUUUUAAAAAAGCAAUGUUCUUAAUAGUGUGAUGUCGGACAGAUAUUGUUGUAAAGCUGUGAAAUACUUUUCUGACCUUGUUCUUAGUUGUUCCUCAGCAUGUGUACAUUAAUACAAAUUGUGUUGACUUUUUAACAAAUGUGUAUUCUGAUAGGACAUGAACAGCGACUCUUCGGUGGUUAGUUGUUUUGUUUUUUUGUGAGCAGAUUAUCUGUGCUGAUCUGCACAUUUUCUAAAAACCCUGUUAUAUUCAUAGGUGCGAAAUUAAGUUUCCUUAAACUAGUCAGAGGAGCAGAAGGGACAAACGUUCUCCAUACCCAGCAUACUGCUAUUGCUUGAGUGCUUCCACAUUUGUGCCCCAUCUCUACGAAAUCAGUCGCACAGCACCUGAUGGUAUUUGACAGCAAUAUGGAGCGUAAUAUUAUCUCCAAUAUGAUAUGUUACCUGCAUGUAGAAAACAACUUAAUGAACCGAUCUAAAUAAUAAACCCAAAAUCAAUA